AUGUCCGCCAUACAGGAAACUCGCAUUGAAGACCACUUCAACAAUUGGCCUAAUGUCCAAGGCUUCGACGCCAACUACGAGGAGAAAACACCCAUCGAGCUCCCCGUCGAAGGCCAGAUUCCCGCCUACGCAGCUGGUGUCCUCUAUCGCACCGGACCGGGCAAAUACAAGGUCGACACCGUCAAUGGUGAGACCUUUCACGCCAGCCAUUGGUUCGAUGGCUUCAGUGAAACCCACCGAUUCCAGCUCCUAGCCCCUGACAGCACCCAUCCAUCAAUGCGCGUCUUGUACAACUCCCGCUUCUCCACCGACGCUCUCAUCGAGCAAGUAAGACAGACCGGCGAGAUGCACAAACUCAGCUUCGGCCAAAAGCGAGAUCCCUGCAAGGUCGUAUACCAAAAGGUCCAAACGGAGUACGAACCCGAAGAGAAACCCACUUCCACGGCCGCAAAUAUCGGAGUCACCCUGAGCAUCAACAUGCCAGGCCUCGCCGAUAACUCCACCAACAAUCACCGCUGGGACACAUCUUCCGGGAUCAAAACCCUGCACGCAAAAACCGACUUCAACGCCUUCAAGCAGCUCGACCCGGAGACCCUCGAGCCCAUGACCCUCGCCAGCCAGCAGAACCUCCACCCCGACCUGAAAGGUCCCAGCACAGCCGCACACGCCCGCUCCGACCCCAAGACCGGCGACAUCUUCAACUACAACCUGGAAUUUGGCCCGGUCAACACCUACCGCAUCUUCCGCACCUCCGCAUCAACCGGCGAAACCACCAUCCUGGCCACCUUCCCCGCAACCCCAGCAUACCUACACUCCCUCCUCAUCACAGCAGACUACGUCGUCCUCUGCGUCUGGAACGCCCACAUCUCCCCCGCCGACUUCGGCUCCAACUCCGCAAGCUUCCUCGACACCAUCAAGCCCUUCGACCCCUCCCUCCCAGCAACAUGGUACGUCGUCGACCGCACCGGCGAACGAGGUCUCAUAGCCACAUACACCAGCCGACCAUUCUUCUGCUUCCACACCAUCAACGCGUGGCAGGAAACAACCCAGAACGGUGACACCGACAUCGUCGCCGAACUAGUCACCUUCGACACCACAGACUUCAUGCACAAACUCUACUACGAGUACCUCCUCUCCGACUCUCCCCACGCCAAACCCAGAACAGACGAGACUUACUCAUCUGUCUCCCGCUUCCGACUCCCUGCUAUCCCAUCACCAUCAUCAUCAUCAUCAUCAGCACCUAACCCCGAACCCCAAAACCCCCAAGAAGCCCUCCUCGAAUCCACCUCCUGCAAACCCUUCUCCCCCGAACUCCCCACCAUGCACCCGGCCUACGUAACCCGCAAACACCGGUACAUGUACGCCGUCGCAGACACAGGCAAAUCCACGCUCUUCGAUAGCAUCAUCAAGUUCGAUAACGAGUCCGGAGAAACGAAGGUAUGGUCCCAUCAUGCCCAGUCCCCCGGGGAACCGAUCUUCGUUCCGAAUCCGGAUGGUGUGGAGGGGGAUGGAGAUGAAGAUGAUGGGGUGCUGCUUAGUGUGGUGUUAGAUGGGUUGACGGGGAAGAGUUAUCUGCUUUGUUUGGAUGCGAGGAGCUUGGUCGAGUUGGGGAGGGCGAGGGUGGCUGGACCCGUGGCGUUUGGGUUUCAUGGCCAGUAUGUGCCGGUUAGGGGGUUGCCGACGGGGGAUUAUUAA